AUGGAAGACUCGACCCCCCUGAAACAAAAAAUACAACACCAAGAACUUGGGGAAACAGGGCGACCGUGGGAAGAAAUGGUAACAGCCUCCCAAGAUCCUGAACCUGGGUUAUCCGAGGCCUCAGAGUUGGAGCAGGGGCCGGAAACUGGACCCCAGCCCAGGAGCAGCCCUCCUGGGAUCCCCCAAUCUGGAGCCAGCACGCCUGUGGAUGACCUCGUAGGACCAGGUGUGUCAUCUCCACCUUCCCCAUCUCAGGAGCCCUCUUCCACUCCUCCCCUGGCUCUGGCCAUGCAGGACCUUAUGGCACCAUGGCAGUCAGACAAGACCACUAGUGUGAUUUCUGAAGCUGGGACACCUCACUUUGACCAUUUGGAACAAUCAUCUGAUAAAGGAGAAUCAACUCCUCAUCAAACAUGCCAAUCAGAGGGAAACACUUUUCAUCAAUCUCAGCAAACCAAAUGUCACCUGUAUGGACCGAGGGAUGUGAGCUACAACAACUCUAAAUGGAAAGAGCUGAGAUUUGACAUCUUUCAAGAAGAAGACUCAAACAGUAACUAUGAUCUGGAUCAGCCUGAGUCUGGGGCUUCUGAAGUGGCCCCCAGCAUGCUUGAGAUUGCCAUUCAGAAUGCUAAGGCUUACCUACUAAAGUCCAGUAGCAAGUCGGGCUUAAAUCUAUAUGAUCAUCUUUCUGAAAUGCUGACCAAGGUCUUAGAUAAGCGUCCUGAAAAUGCUGUGGACAUCAUUGAAAAUGUUAGCCAAGAUGUGAAGAUGGAACAUUUUAGUAUAAAACUGGAUACACUCCAAAAUGAGAAUGAGAUGCUACCAGCCUAUGAAAUAGCAGAGAAGCAAAAAGCUCUUUUUCUCCAGGGAAAUUUAGAAGGAGCUGACCAAGAAAUGGAAGAUGAAAUAGCAGAACACUCUCUUCCAAAUGUAAUGGAGUCAGCUUUUUAUUUUGAACAAGCUGGAGUCGGUUUGGGCACUGAUGAGACUUAUCGCAUAUUUCUUGCCCUCAAGCAGCUUACUGACACCCACCCAAUCCAAAAAUGUCGUUUCUGGGGUAAGAUCUUAGGUCUGGAAAUGAAUUAUAUUGUAGCUGAAGUGGAAUUCCGUGAGGGAGAAGAUGAAGAGGAGGUGGAAGAGGAAGAUGUACCUGAAGAGCGGGACAAUGGAGACAAUGAAGCUGAUGAAGAUGAAUUACCAAGGUCCUUUUACAAGGCCCCACAGUCUAUUCCAAAGGAAGAAAGCAGAACAGGUGCCAACAAAUAUGUCUAUUUUGUUUGCAAUGAACCAGGAAGACCAUGGGUGAAGUUACCAGCAGUUACACCUGCACAAAUUGUUAUUGCAAGAAAAAUCAAGAAAUUUUUCACUGGGCGAUUGGAUACUCCCAUUGUAAGCUACCCACCCUUCCCAGGAAAUGAGAGUAAUUACUUACGAGCACAAAUUGCCAGAAUUUCAGCAGGGACUCAGGUCAGCCCUCUAGGAUUCUAUCAUUUUGGUGAAGAAGAAGGAGAAGAGGAGGAAGAAACAGAAGGCAGGCGAGACAGCUUUGAAGAAAACCCUGAUUUUGAAGGAAUCCAAGUGAUUGAUCUAGUGGACUCCCUAUCCAAUUGGGUUCAUCAUGUACAACAUAUACUCCCUCAGGGUCGCUGUAAUUGGUUCAACCCCAUACAAAAAAGUGAGGAGGAAGAAGCAGAAGAAGAAGAAGAAGAAGAAGAAGAAGAGCCUGACUACAUAGAACAGGAAGUAGGGCCUCCUCUCUUGACACCAAUCUCUGAAGAUUUAGAGAUCCAGAAUAUACCGCCUUGGACAACACGGUUAUCCUCAAAUCUCAUUACUCAAUAUGCUAUUGCAGUCCUUAGAUCCAACCUUUGGACUGGAGCAUAUGCCUUUUCCAAUGGCAAAAAGUUUGAAAAUUUCUACAUAGGCUGGGGUCAUAAAUACAGUCCAGACAGCUAUACACCUCCAGUUCCACCACCAGUUUAUCAAGAGUACCCCAGUGGACCAGAAAUUACAGAAAUGGAUGACCCUAGUGUGGAAGAGGAGCAGGCUUUCAGGGCUGCACAAGAAGCAGCUGUAAAUUCAACAGAGGAAAAUGAAGAAACUGAGGAAGAUGAAGAUGAGGAAGAUGACUAUGACUAA